UCCAUACACACAUUUUGCUUAUCAGGUGUUCCGCCAGACUUCAGAACCCUUCUGUGAAAGCUUGGCAAUAAACGAUUAUUUUCAUUUGGAUAUUUCUUAAAUGAGUGAUACAUCCGCGUCGAUAUCAGCAUUUGCCGCGUACUCGAAAAUGCGUCAAACACCGGAGACCCCGUUCUCGUCGAAACCGGCUAAAAAGCGUCACAGUUCCGCUGCACUCUCGAGUAAAAAGAAGCUGAGAAAACGUUCGGCGUCUGUGGGUGAUUUAACGCCAAAUGAAAAGGGAAAAAAGGCACAAAAAAUCUCCCGUCUUUUGAAAGAAAAGAAUGUGAAAAAUGCAACAUCUGGCGUGUCGAAGAAAUCAGCAGGCAAUUCAAAAACAACGGUGAAGAGAUUGUCCAAUGGGAUUGCUAAAUCAUCGCCAAAAUCAGCAACACCUAAUAGUAGAAGAUCCGUUUCGGGAAAAUCAAAAGCGGCAUUCCAAGUAGCGGUAGCCGAGAGUGAAGUUAGCCCCAAAUCAAGAAAUAAAACUCUCAGAUCUAGUGGUGACAAAACAGAACCAAAGGUUGUUGCAAAAAAAAUUGUCUCACCCGUUAAUUCUUCAACAAAGAAAAAAGCGACCAAAAAAUCUCCCGGCAAUGUCGCGAAGUCCAAGCCGGAAUCGGACUUUGAAAAAGCUAUGAGUGAUGUCGAUGAAUCAGAAUUACAGGAUACAGAGGAAACACCUUCUGGUUCGAUCGAUGAUGGAAAAAAGCUAUUCGAAUGGCUCAUUUCUCCACUUCAAUUGGAUGCCUUUUAUAAAACGAGCUGGGAGCUCGCCCCAUUGUAUAUAAAGAGAAGCACCCCGGGAUAUUACAAACAUCUUAUAUCCACACCUUUAAUAGACUCAAUCUUGCGAAACUACUACAUGCAAUUCACCAAGAAUGUCGAUGUGACUUCAUAUACGGAUGGACAAAGAGAAACGCACAAUCCUGUUGGUCGUGCAUUGCCAAGUGUUGUCUGGGAUUACUAUGCGAAUGGUUGUUCAGUCAGGCUGUUGAAUCCCCAAACUUUCAUACCCAAAUUACAUGUAUUGAAUGCCACACUCCAGGAAUACUUCGGAUGCUUCGUUGGGGCAAACGCUUAUUUGACACCACCGAAUACGCAGGGAUUUGCACCGCAUUACGAUGAUAUCGAAGCGUUUAUACUGCAAAUAGAGGGUAAAAAGAGAUGGCGUCUAUACAAACCGAGGAGCGAGGAUGAAUAUUUACCAAGAUUGUCCUCUGAUGAUUUCGAUCAAUCAGAAAUCGGAGAUCCGAUAAUGGAUAUAGUCUUGGAAACUGGUGACUUACUUUACUUUCCAAGAGGCACUAUACAUCAGGGUGAAACUAUCGAUGAUACUCAUAGUUUGCAUGUAACCUUGAGUGUCUAUCAGAGGAAUAGCUGGGGCGACUUUUUCGACAAGCUUAUCCCAGUGACACUGGAAAAAGCUAUUGCAACAGAUGUUGAAUUCCGCGAAGGCUUGCCGCUGGAUUAUCUUCAGCACGUAGGUUUGGCGCAUGUGGAUAAGGACACUAUUGACAGGACUAAGUUUAUACGAAGAACACAGUAUCUUUUAUCCAAACUAGUCCAAUACAUAGACGUUGACAGAGCUGCUGACGAAAUGGCUAAGAAGCAUAUCCACGAUUUCCUUCCGCCAGUGCUAACAGAAGAAGAAAAAGCGUGUUCGAUAUAUGAGGAUGGAGAGAGAAUGACAAAGGGUGGUAUCGUGGUGAACAGAAUUGAGGUAGAACCUGACACGAAAAUAAGAUUGGCCCGAGCAUAUUGCAUAAGAUUGCUGCAAGAAGAGGACGGACUCAAAGUUUAUUAUUCUACCGAGAAUUCGAAGGAAUAUCGUGAGUUGGAUCCACAGUUCUUGGAGGUAUCGCUAGAACAUGCUCCUGCUAUAGAAGAAAUCAUUCGACAGUAUCCAAAUUAUAUCAAAAUCGAGGAUUUACCUCUGGACGAUGACGACAGCAAGAUCCAAGUGGUGAGGGAUCUUUGGGAGAGAGGCAUUCUCGUCACGGACCAACCAUUGCCUGUCCUGGAAUAGUGAGCGGUAAUUUACGAGGGGGUGACUUGACCUCCCAAAUAAAAUAAGAGAAAUCAGUGACUUUAAUGGUAAACUUGUAAAAUAAAGCACAAAGGUGCAUUUAAUUUCUUAAAAUAAAAGAAAUCAACUUGUAUUGACAAAUCUUAUAACCGACGAUGAUUGGUCUAGGCUGAACAAUGAACUUGGAAUUUUCCGUGCAAUAGAAAGCACACGAUUGAAUUUAAAAAAGAAUGUAACUUUCA